GUUUUUCCCCCAUCCGUUCCUCCUUCAAACCGCAUGGCGAAUGGUUGUGCGCGAUCGUUUGGACGACAGUUCUGCUUGACGCUUGCCACGUUAUCCUGGUGACCACGGUUCUAGGGUGGUGAAGGUCAUAUGAGUGGGACACUGCGGCACCUUUUAGGCUUGGCAUUUGGGAAGAAAGAAUCGGUUAGGUGGCCCUUCAUAACCAGCAUCAUGUCAGAAUUGCAGAACGUCAUAGAAAAGAAACAUGCAUUGGACGACAACGGUGAAGAAAAAGAUGCCAAGCGGCUGAAGUCAGAUAGUGAGGCACAAAAUGCAGAAUUCCUAAGAGUGAAGGCAAAGAAGAUGGCCUUGUGUAUGUGUUACAAUGGAAAGGACUAUCUAGGAAUGCAAAGGAAUCCAGGAACCAAGACAAUAGAGGAAGACCUGCUCACUGCUUUGUACAAGGGGCAGCUUAUACAGAAGGAGCACAUAGACAUUCCACAAAAUGUGAAGUUUCAGCGUGCAGCUCGUACAGACAAAGGAGUCUCUGCUGUGCGACAAGUGGUGUCCCUCAAACUACCCACCAAUAUCAGCAUUGAUGAAAUGGUGACCAGAAUCAACAGCCACCUUGUGGAUCAGAUAAGAGUCAUUGAUAUCAAGCGAACAACAAGAGGCUUCAACUGCAAAAACAACUGUGAUUCCCGCACCUACAGUUACAUGUUACCAUCAUAUUCAUUUGCACCACCAGGAGUUACGCCUGAUGAGUCCUACCGCAUUACAAGUGAAAGAAUAGACGAAGUAAAUAAGAUCCUAACACUGUACAAAGGUUGCCAUAACUUCCACAAUUUUACGUCUGGAAAGAAAUCUGAAGACCCCAGUGCAAUGAGGUUCAUGAUAUCUGCAGAGUGUGGCCAGCCCUUUAUUCAGGGGAAUCUGGAGUUUCUGCAGAUUCAGAUCAAGGGCCAGAGUUUCAUGCUGCACCAGAUACGAAAAAUGGUUGGCCUGCUCAUUGCAAUCAUGCGUGGGUACACAGACCAAUCCACCAUUCGUCGGGCAUGGGGCCCUGAACGGCUGGACAUUCCCAUUGCACCACCGCUAGGCCUGAUGCUGGAGCAGUUGCACUAUGACCGCUACAACAAGCGCUACGGUGGAGACGGCCUGCAUGAGCCACUCUCUUGGGAGGCAAAGCAGGACUUGAUCCAAGCAUUCAAGGAGAAGCAUAUCUUCCCCACAAUUGUGGAGACAGAGAAAAAUGAAAAGUCAAUGUUGAACUGGAUGGAGAACUUGCCACUCCACUCCUACAAUGUGCGUGAGCCAGGUCCUCCAACGCUCGAAGAUGCAGAGUUAUGCAAUUUGGCUGGCAGUGAUGAUGAUGGUCCAUACAAUGAGAAAGAAGCUCAAGAUGGCAGCUUCAAAAAGGAAAAUACUGACAAUACAGAAGAAAACUGCACUAGUGCAAAGGAAUCUAUAAAGCUCAAAAAUCAAGCUGUAUAAUAAAAUAACCACAGCCA